CGCGGCCCGCUGCCUCCGCUACCCCCAGCACCGCUCGGAGCUCAGAGAGCAGGUUGCCCGGACACCGUCGCUGCUGUUCCCGCUUACCCUCCGCCUCGGGAGCCGUUACUCGGAUACAAACUUAGUUCCCGUCACCGGACACCGAGCAGCCGACAGGAACAAACCGCUUGUGGAGGCGCUGUGACCGGCUGAGCCUCCCCCUCCUCUCGUCGGUUCACCUCGCGGUGGUCAGCGGACACUCGCUGGAGUGGGACCUGAGAGGCUGAGCAGUGGGAGGCGUUGGACUGCAUGAGGAGGCCGAGCGACAGGACGCUGGUCCUCACCUAGACCCCGCCCCCAUCGACCCUUGACCCCCACACCGCACCGACAUGAGGUCGUUCCGGUCGUUUGCCAACGACGACCGCCAUGUCAUGGCCAAACACGCCAGCGUCUACCCGGCGCCGGAGGAGCUGGAGGCCGUCCAGGCGCUGGUGUCCAUCGCAGAGGGAGCUCUGAAGAAGGUUUCUGACUGGAUGGACGGCCUGAAGGACUCCCCAGGGAAGACGUCCAGCUGUGAUGACGAGGAGGAGGAAGAUGCUGCUGAGACGGACCCAGCUGGAGUGCCGGUUCUGUGCGGGGUGACCCGGGUCGGCCUGCUGGCCAAAGGUCUGCUGAUCAGAGGCGACACGGAGCUGGAGCUGGUGCUGAUGUGCCGACCCAAACCCACCAAGCUGCUGUUGUACACCGUCAGCGCCAACCUGCCCCUGCAGAUCCAGACGAUGACAGACGACAGGUAUGAAGUCCAGUCGUGUGUCUCUGAGGCAGCGAUCCUGGUCUGUAGCACCAAAGAUCCCAGACUGACCCUGAAGAUCACCCUGACCUCGCUCGCCAUGAGGGAGGAAGAGGAAGAUGAUGAAGAGGAAGUUGAUCAAGAGGAAGGCGAGCCGAGGUGUGAGGAAGAGGAGGAGGAAGAUGUGCUGGACAGGCUGAAGUGCCAGGCGGGGCUGGCGGCGCUCCGACACGCCAAGUGGUUCCAGGCCCGGGUCGCCGACCUCAAGUCCUGCCUGGUGGUUCUGCGGGUUCUGAGGGACGUGUGCAACCGCCAGCCGGAGUGGCAGCCUCUUCAAGGAUGGCCGCUGGAGCUGAUCUGCGAGAAGGCCGUCGCCACUAGCAACCGGCCGCUGGGUCCAGGAGAAGCUCUGCGCCGGGUCAUGGAGUGCGUCGCCUCAGGGAUCCUGCUACCAGGAGGCCCAGGAGUUCACGACCCUUGUGAGCGGGAACCCAGAGACGUUCUGACUCAGCUCAGCGCGCAGGAAGCCGACGCCCUGACGCGCAGCGCCCAGCAUGUGCUGCGCCUCAUUGCGUUCGGUCAGCUCUACAAGAUUCUGAACAUGGAUCCUCUGCCGCCCACCAAGGUUUCUCCACGGCUGCUGGAAGGCGGCUGCCUGAAGAGGCUCCGGGACGACUCAGGCUGUGACGACAGAGACUUCACCAAACGGAUGAAAGUGCUGGACUGGAGGAUGACCGACCCGAACCAUCCCAUGAACGCUCUGAUGCGUCUGAACCAGAUCCAUCCGGGCCUUCAGUACCGCCUGCUGUGUCAGUCGGGUCCGGUCCACGCUCCGGUCUUCACCAUGUCUGUAGAGAUCCAGGGAACCACAUACCAGGCCAGCGGGAACUCCAAGAGGACGGCCAAGCUGCAGGUGGCCCUGAAGGCCCUUCAGGCUCUGGGUUUCGUGCUCGCCUCAGACGGGGACCUGGACUCUCUGAGCGCCGAUGAGAAGUCUGACGGAGAAGGAAAGAACGACAAGAUGUCCACCAGCUCCAGCUCCACAUCCGUCACCUCCUCCACGGAGACGCAGGAGUCCAGAGCUCCGGGUCCGAUCCUGACGGCGGGCGGGAAAAACCCGGUGAUGGAGCUGAACGAGAAGCGGCGCGGCCUGAAGUACGAGCUGAUCUCAGAGAGCGGCAGCAGCUACGACAAACGCUUCAUCAUAGAGGUGGAGGUGGAUAAGCAGGUGUUCCGGGGAACCGGUCCCAAUAAGAAGGUAGCCAAAGCCAGCGCGGCGCUCGCCGCUCUCAACAGCCUGUUCUCCGGAUCCAAACCGACCAACGUGAAGAAGAAACGCCUCAACCCAGCACCGAAGCGACCCCUGACCUCCGUGCUGACCAUCCCGACGCUCGCCGCCAGACCUCCACGGGUCCCCGUCCUGCCCAGAGCGCCGUACAUCAGCACGCCCCCCACACACGGCUACAUCCCCCCAGGUUUCGGUGCACCGUACGGCUACAGCCCUGCUGCCCCCCUCCCUGCCUACAGCGGCCUGUACAUCGACAGUGCAUACUACCAGCCGCAGCCCAUCGCCACGCCCAUCAUCAUCCACCUGGGCCCUCAGGAUCUGUUCUGACCUCCGGCUCCAGACAGGAACCAGAAUCCAGACCCGAAGCCUGGUUUGAACUCCGGUCCUCUCAAACUGUCGGUUUCCUCCUUGGCCAGCAGCAGCAGCACUGAAAGCAAUAUGGAGGACGAUGGCGGCGCUUCGGGCAGCACAGGUCCAGUUCUGGUUCCUGAGGAAAACAAAGCAAUACUCUGGCUGCCUUCAGGGGCCUCAGGGGCCCAAAACGUCUCGGAGAGAAACUCAAGCAGCCCAGAAACUCUGUGGAAAUAUUUACUGUUUCAGUAUAAACUCAGCAGCAGCUGAACAUAUUUAUUAACAUAUUUAUGAAUGUAAAUACAGCCAUGACUGUAACUUUGUAUUCAAAACACAUAUUUGCAUAUCGCUGUAUCAGAUGAUGAUGGUAUUUAAUCCUGUAUUAAACAUUCCUGUAUCUCAGCGGUAA